UUCAAUACGUUAUCUGGUCCUCUCUAUUUACUAUUUAGCCUAGCCCUACUUGUUUGCAAACGUAACCAACUCGCUCAUCCGCCAUAGCUCCUCUCAUUGUGGUUUUGUUUGUACAUACAAUAUCUAUUAUUAGGUCUCCGUUUGCGCGAGUCGGAGCCGAUUCGAUUUUUGCAGAGAGUCGACGACGACGUGAAAAUCUGAGUGUUGGAAGGAAGGAACAAACAGAUGGUAGGCGGUGGAAACAGGAGAGACGAGGGCUCGCUCGUCAUCAAGAACCAAAUAUUUACUAUUUACUGUAGUAAUUAAAUCUUACCCCACUUAAUUAUCUUUCUUACCCCGUAUAUAUAAAUUUUGAAAUCCCCAAAACCCAAAACCCGAAACCCUUGGCCGCUUAGCUGCCAUGGCUGAAUCUCCUAUACCAGAAAUUCCGAUUAUUCCUGAAAGCCGGAAAAGAAAGUACAACGACGACGGCGACGAGGCAGCACUGUCGGGGCACCUAAAACGCAUCGUUUUAUCACUAAGCAAGCCGUCGACUCUGCUUGGCAUCGGCGCCUCAAAACCUAGGGCGGUGCACCGCGCCAAGCUCGAAAAGCUUCUCCGGAAGCUCGUGAUUCACCACAACUGGGUCGAGGCCAGCGGCGUCCUCAGCGUGUUGCUCGGCGGCGGAGCCAGCGACAGGUCGCCGGCGAACAACCGCUUCUUGUAUUGGGUUUUGCUGGAAAUGGUGGAGCGGUUGUGUGAGAUGGAAAAGGAGGAGCGUUUGCCUGGUAAUUACUCCAAGGAGGUGUGGAUUAAGAAUGUGUUUGAAGCUUGGGAGAAGAAGAAUGAUAAGAUGAAGGCAGAGUUAGAAGAGUACAGACAUGCUGUUGAACUUGAGCGCAUCUCGCUCUCGCUUGCAAAAGGGAAUCUUAUGGAGGCUGAAGCCGGUGCUUUCGGUCUCAUGCAAGCACAUGGUUUUCGAAAUGACCCUCUUCGAAAUAUGAUUGUCGGAUUGACAUUCCAGCAAUUGUGGUAUUCCAAGCUCCCAAAAGAGAUGCAGUGGAAGGAGGCUGACCAGUUUUACACUAGGGAAUCAAAUGAACGAGUUGCAGGCUCAGAGGGGCAUGGCUCUAUUAACAGUAACGAGGCUGGUAGCGCCAUUCAUUGUGAUUCAGACACCUCUGUCAUGAAUGAUAAAGUAGAGAAUGUACCACCUAUUGUUGCUGUUGAUGCUGACAGUGGCUUACAUAGAGAGAUCUCUGUGGAGGUUGUUGACAUGGAAGUAGAAAUUUCUCCACUGAAAUUUGAGACCCAAAAUUUCUAUGCGGACUCUGCUGAAAAUUCAGAAGAUGAAGCUGCUUUAUCUGAUCAUGGUGGUCAAAUGCAGUAUGCUCCCAUUUUCUCUGAACUUGAGGGGUUGGAGUCAUUGUUACUGCCCAUACGAUUGCCAGAGUCUCUCGAUAAUCAUGAAGAUAAGAAUAUUUUUAAUGACUAUUACAAGGAUGCAGUGAAGUACUUACGACAUGCUCUUCACUCUUCACCCCCGGUAUUGGUAGCCUUACAUCCUUUGAUACAGCUGUUGCUGAUUGGAGGUCAAGUUAAAGAGGCCCUGGAUGAGAUUGAAUAUUGUUGUAAUUUUUCAAACACAGCGCUGCCUACUCGGGUAUUAUGCUCUAAUGCCUACAUGUUGGACAGAUUAAGGUCUAGUCUUCUGCAGCAAUUUGAUUCUAAUAACAAACCUGUGCUUUCCACUUGUCUGGAGGAAAACUUAAGGAAGGAUCCUACAUGUUGCGAUUCAUUGGAAAAGCUUGUUCUGUUGCAUCAAAAUGAUAAUUAUAGUCCUGAGUCCCUGCUUGAAAUGAUAGCAUUGCAUUUAGAUGCCACCAAUGCUGAAUACAACAUAUGGAGAGAGUAUGCUAUGUGUUUCCUAAAGCUUUCUCAGUAUGAAGAGGACAGGAUGUCGGUGUGUCUGAAUGGAAAUGAAGGUGGACAUAAACCAUGGUACUCUGUUUCUUUCAAUAAGACCCCGAAAAUAUUUAUAAAGGGACAAUCUGGAAAGAAUUGGAAAUUGCGCUGUAGAUGGUGGUCUACGCAGCACUUCAGCCAUGAUAUUCUUGCAUCAGAGAUUGCAGCAGGUGAUUUGGAGCUCCUAACUCACAAAGCAGCGAGUGCAGUGCAUAUGUAUGGAUCAGAGUUCUAUUACGUUGUGGAUGCUCUUUGCUGCUUAGAGAAAGAAAGUGAGAAGGACUUGCUCUGUUUUUUGCAAAUGCACAUUCGAAAUUCUGUUCGAAUUUAUUCAAAUAUACGACAGAGAACUAAUUGAGUUUGUGGAAACAAAGCUUGAUGAUAUUGUUGAAAGUUUUGUUUCCCACAUUUCAAACGAUCAAAAUUGAGUCAACGCUAGAAGCUUAUACAAAUAUAAAUAGGCAUUUUUGUAACAGGGGCGAGAGGUUCAUGUUCAGUUCUUGUAAAUAUUAGAGUAAUUAGAAGAAAAAAAAUUCAAUUAGAAGUUUUUUUAGAUUAA